UAGAUUAUACACUUAAAUACUGGUAGUUCAUUUUACCUAGUUCUUAAUCUGUGGUUCAUAUUUACGCCGUACGCGCCCUAUAUAAGUAUUAGUAUAUAGCUUGUUUAUAUAUACUCUAGUGUAGACUGUUGACUAUAUUUGUUAAUAAUGGGAGAUUUAAUUGAAUUUACCUCACAACCUCACAAUAAAAUUAUAUUUCACAAGUUUGCGAGUAAUUCUUUAUCAUUUUCCGUUAAAUCUUUUGGGAAUGCCAACAUUGGACUGGCGGAGAAACCUGAUAAUACCCAUUUGCACCACUGGGUGUACAUAGGAAGAAAUGGAAAAACUGGCAUUAAAGAAUAUGACGAAAUCGUAGCCGAAGUUGCUACGCCUAACAUAAUAAAUCGUAAUGGAUACAAAAAGUUUUGGCUAUCAUGGUAUGAUAAUAAAAUACAAUUAGGAAAAUAUGGAGAAUCUGAAGCAAUAGUUUCAAAGAAUGUAAAGACAACUAAUUUAGAGUAUGUAACAUUUACAGUGGUUGAUCAACAAAAUGCUGUAGAUUGGAAAUUAGUAUUACCACCCAGUAUUGAAAGACCUACUUUAAAACCAAUUGAAGGGGGUAAACCAUAUUGGGUGCCUUAUGAUGGUCUGAUACCAUAUGGAGCUAUGAUCGGUGGCUAUGAAAAUGAAUUCUUAUACAUAAUUAGAGCUCCGCAUGCUGGAUCAUUAACACCAGGAAAAUUUGUACCAUCUACGGGAUGUGGUUUUGUAUCUUGGGGUGGAUAUAUGCAUUUAAAAACUGAUUUUGAGAUGCUUUGUGCAUAUGACUGUAUUUGGGAACCGACAAAAGAUGAUAUAAUACCAGCAGGGGCUAUACAAGGAGGAUAUACCGAACAUGAUGGUACCGAAAAAAUGUAUGUAGGUAGAGCCGAAUGCGAUGGUCACGUUAUACCGGGAAAAGUACCUCCAUCUUAUAGUGUAUGUUUCUUUCCAUAUAAUGAUGCCGAGGUUGCAAAAAGUCACUUCGAAAUACUUGUCGCACCUUUCUCUAGUCCGAGAUGUAAUAAUAGAUUGCCUCGAAAUUCAUCAAAAUUUGGAUCUUACCCUCAAAAUACAGAAUCAAGUUCAGACGAUGAUAAUGAUGAUGAUGAUAAUCAUGAUGAAAAUGAUGAUUUUGGUCUUGGUUAGAAGUAGACUGCUAAUAUAUUUUGUUAUAAACAGUUUUUUUUUAACCUAAGAUUAAAGUUUUGAAACAGGUUUGUUAUUGAAAUAUUAUUUGACAGUGUGAAAAGAUGUAUAUCUAGUUGAGAUGUGAUAUAUUGUGAAUAUAUUUGUUAUAACGCUAUUAAGUUAAAAUAUAAUAAU